AUGUCUAAAAAAAGACUCUAUCUCAUAUUUGGCUGUGUACUUGUCGCUUAUGCCGUGUUAGCGAUUGCACCGGUAUUUGCACAGGAUGUAACCGAGGCUGAAUAUCGCACUUUCCCGAAGAUCGGCAGCCGAAAUGCCGCAUGGAUCGCUGCCCAACUCCACUUGUUGUUCGGAUCUUUUAUUCUCGGUGUCCCGAUGUUUGCCGUUAUCAUCGAAUUUAUCGGCUGGAAGUCAAAGGACAUGCGAUACGACCGCAUGGCACAAGAGUUUAUUAAACUCUGUAUGGGUGCGUUUUCGACAACUGCCUUACUCGGUGGUGUUCUCGUCUUCGUCCUCAUCUGGUGCUAUCCGAAAGUCAUGACGAAGCUCAGUGGGAUAUUCGGACCGACGAUGAUUUUUUACGUCUUCCUGUUCUUUGGGGAAACCUUUACGCUUUACCUUUACUCCUAUGGAUGGGAUAAGAUGCAGGGACGCCACAAAGGAUGGCAUCUCUUUCUCGGCGUGCUUCUGAAUGUGUUCGGGACUGCGAUUAUGUUCGUUUCUAACUCGUGGUUGAGUUACCAGACCAGUCCCGCAACCCAAUACGGCGUACUCUCUGAAGGAAGACGGAAAUCUUGGAUUGCGGAGAAAUUGGCGGCAGAUCCAGCACUCACGCCUGAAACCGUUAUGGAAGGGGUCACAAGCCAUACGACGGUGCCGCUCCACAACGAGACAACAGGCGAGUUCAUGGGAACCGUUUGGGAUGCCGUCAACAAUUUUACGUGGAUGCCUGUUAAUAUCCAUCGCCUCGUCGGUAACAUUGCCUUCGGAGGGUCGAUUGUAGCGGCUUAUGCAGCGUUCCGAUUCCUCGUCUCGAAGACGAAAGAGGACAAAGCGCACUACGAUUGGAUGGGCUAUACCGGAAACUUCAUCGCACUCUGCGGACUGAUACCCCUGCCUUUCCUCGGUUAUUGGCUCGGUAGAGAAAUCUACAUGUUCAAUAACACGAUGGGCAUUAACAUGAUGGGGAGUCUGUUUUCUUGGCUAUUUAUCAUUCAGGCGGUGAUGAUCGGUGUCCUGUUUAUUGGUGCGAACUACUACCUCUGGUCAGGCAUGGGGCGUAUUGAGGGAGCACAAGUCUAUGCGCGAUACCGUCCGUAUAUGAUUACUGUUAUCAUUAUCUGUGUUGCAAUCUGGAUGACACCGCGGACACUCUCCAAAAUCUCAAGUGCCAGUGAGCUCAGCGCAAUGGGCGGUGCAAACCAUCCCGCACCUCGGCUUGUUCGGCUUGAUGACUGCCAAAAAUACGGCUGUUAA